UGUUCCAGGAUGCUUGUUUUGGUCAUCUGUCUGUCUGUCUCUGGGAUGCGGGCUGUUAUAGCCGGGAACGCGAGUCGCGGACUCAGCACCUGGAAUCUGUUCAGAGAGGACUACCUCUCGGCCAGACAGACCUGUCACACCAUGGGAUUUGUCAAACAACAAAAGGCAAAUUGCAAUCAAAAAGAUACUAUUGCCUUUGAUGCCGAAUUAAAAUCCCCAUUAAAAGGAUUAAGAAGUGGACAGAAGAUAAUAUUCCCUGUGAUUAGAGAAAACAUCGGUGGCGGAUAUGACGCAAUCAAUGGCGUGUUUACGUCCCCCUUAAGCGGCGUGUACGUGUUUCAGUGGACCACCGUUGUCACAGAAAUCGUAUCUACCGACACAGUUUUAGUAAUCGACGGACAAAGAAGGGCAUUCAAUAAAUGCAACUCUCGUAAGGCAAACAACGAUUCUUGUACCAAAAUAACCGUAGUGAAACUAGCGCCGGGAGAAAGGGUUUGGAUAGAAUGCAUCCUUGGUGAUUCAGCCAUUAAUGACGAUAAAAGCUCGUCCUUUACUGGGUUUAAACUUUGAAAUGCCACACGUUUAGAUAUGUUGAAAAAAGUCUUUUACCGUAAAAUGUGUUCCUAAAAUAAUGCUUUCAACUCUUUUCUGUGUGUUUAUUUUUGUUGUUGGCGACAGAGGCUUAGAUAAAUGUCAACAAAUCAUUGGUCUGAUCAGUAAGCGUUGAUUUAAUUUCUUAAACCAUACAUGUACGUUCAUGAGGUUCUGUAUCUACAAUAUAUAAGGGGAAAUCCGAUAUACCGUACACUAUAUACAUUUAUGUCAAGAAAAAAAGAUCAUGUUUUGCU